CAUGACAGUGAGCUACAAAAACGUGGCUAUUUGACUAGUGUGCUACGUUCUUACAGAUGGCAGCUGUUAUUCAGGAUCCUUCUCGCCAGAUUACGAAGCCGGAACUAGUAUUCAAAAUCGACGGACUUUCUUGUGGUGUAAAUGAUGCGAUCUUUAUUCCUGGUAGAGACUCUAUCGUCACAGGAUCAGACGAUCGGCAAGUUGCAUAUAUUCCUGACUAAAUAUUUAGCACUUUGAGGAUUUGGGUCAGGAGAGAUACUGGGAAGUUCUGGCCAACAGUUAUCGAGCUGCUACCCAGUCCAAUUACCUGUAUCACGUAUUCUGCCGAAUUACACAGAUUAUUCGUUGGUUUGGAGAAUGGAACGGUUGUAGAAUAUGACGUUGCUGAAGAUUUGAAUCACAUUGAACACAAAAGGGACUAUCUCUCUCAUACUGCUAGGACAACUGGGAUCGUUUGCACCCCAGAUAUGGGUUGGGUUGUAUCUGCUUCAAAAGAUCGUACUGUCGCAUGGUAUUCGACCAAUAGUGGUAGACGUAUAUGUGAACAUAAUUUAGAGCACUCAGCCACUUGUUUGGAAUAUGAUGUUGGCUCACACUACGUGUUUGUUGGUGAUAGCAGCGGUCGCAUUACUUUACUGAGCAUUAAUCAAGUCAAUGGUCAAGUAAUGUGUCGUGUAAUUCGUGAACUCCGUGGUCAUGAGCAGUCAGUAUCCUUUCUGGCUUGGGAUAGUGUAAAUUCUCGUUUAUUUUCGUGCAGUGCUGACCGUUCUGUUAUCUUCUGGGAUAUUGGUGGAGCUAAAGGUUCAUCUUUUGAGUUGCAAGGACAUUCCAAAGAAGUAUCGUCAAUAUGUUGGUGGAGUAUGGGUGCCUCUUCUGCAAACGUCAAGGACAGUAAGUACAAAGGACUACUUAUAUCCGGUGGUCUUGAUGGUUAUCUGAUUUUCUGGUUUAUGGACCCUUCACGCGUAGAAAGUCCUAACUGGUCAGAAUCAGAUAUCUGUCAUAUCUGUAGCGGGCCAUUUUUCUGGAAUGUCCGUAAAAUGUGGAACAACAUGUCGGUUGGUGUGCGUCAGCAUCACUGUCGUCGAUGUGGUCAUGCUGUUUGUGACAAAUGUUCUCCUUAUCGGUCUAAUCUACCGUGCAUGGGUUUUGAAAAAGAUGUUCGUAUAUGCAAUCAAUGCUUUCCUUUAAUAACUGAUUCAGAUCGCAGGAGUUUGGCUAUUUCGUUUGACGCUCGCCAUCCUGUUACAUGUAUUCGUGUAGAGGAAUCCUUGAACUUACUUCUAACGGUUGGGAAAGAUCGGAUUAUCAAGGUGUGGGAUAUCAAGGCUUUUUCUUCAAAUCCACAUUCAUAAACUGUAUACACUACAAAUGCUAUUUCAUGUGAUUUAUUUGGUAGGAUUAUUUUCCGCCUUUCAUGGUGCAUACACCAGUGAUUUUGAGACACUUUAUUCAUCUUUAUGUUCUACGACACAUUUGAUUUUGAGAACAUGUUUUAUUUGAAAUAGUCUAAAAAUGAUCUCUGAUAACUUUGGAUAAGAUAUAUAGGCAUACAUUCUAUAAUAUAUUUACGUUUCCUCAUAAAUUUACUGUACAUAUCAAAAGUAUUUUAGCGUCUUUCUAAUGUAGUUUAAGAUGAUUCUGUAUGUAAAAUCCUUGCUUAAUAAUAUUAAAGCUAACCUACCACAUAUUAUUCAGAAGUUAGUCUUACUUUGUUUCGCUAGUUCGAUAUUGAUAAACAAGAAAGGCUGAAACUCUGCACAC